AUCAACCAAAAAAGAAAAACCUUUACCGUUAAACGUCAACCUUUAAUAUUUUCCUAGGUUUAGGGUUGGGAGGAGCGAUGGUGAGGAAGGAGCUCAUCGGGCGAUCCAAGGGAAUGGUGACCGAGGCGCGAUGGCAGCGCCUGCUCGAUUUCCGGCAGCGCCCCCAGCACAAGGGCCCGGUGCCGCCGCACGUAGAGAGGCGCGGGAGAGUGGUGAAGCUGCCGCCGUCUUGGGUAGAUCGCAUCGUGCCGCGCGCCAUCACCAAGUACGUCAAGCCAUACGCCAUGAAAAUGCAAUUCUCCAACAGGUCCGUCACCGCCGAGGUGUUUGACACUCUCCACGACAAUGCGCUGGUGGUCCGCGCGUCCAGCCGCGACGAGGAGCUCAAGCAGGGCCUGGCGAGCUUGACGGAUUGCGCGGCGGCGGCAAAGGUUGGAGAAGCUCUGGCGGAGCGAUUGAAGGAGAAGGGGAUCCCCGGCGUUACAUACUUUCGCAACCGAGGUGAGCUCUACCAUGGCAAGAGAAAGGCCCUCUUGGAUAAGCUCAGAGAGACCGGCGUCAAGCUCAUCUAAGCCAUAGCUAGCGUGACUCAUCCCAGGAGAGAGCCUCUUCUUCUCUAGAGAAAAAGAGUGACGAUGGUUGGCAGAUCUUCUAUCAUUCCAUCUUCGAAUCGAAACACUUUUAACUGA